CUGGUCUAAUAUUUCCAAUUUAUUCGCGAAUGAUAGACAUCAAUCAUAAUCUAGCUUAGAAUUUUCCAAAUUUCGUGCACCGCUUGACAUCUUCAUGCAACCAAUGUUGCACUUGCAACCCGGUUGCAACGUUGCCAAGUCGUGCGGUCAGCGAAAUGUCGUGUGGGGCCGGUCGAGGCAGGGGUUGGUUGAAUUUAGGCUCGAAUGUGGAGCCCCCGAAACCCAUGGGGCUGCCCCAGCCACUUGCCCCAUCGCCGGUGGAGGUGAGUCCCGAGUACAGAGCACUGGUGGACAGAGUCAAGGAACUAAACGUGAACGAUGAUGGAAUUCUUUUGAAUAAAAAAGUUAAGCAUAUUCAGAACUUUUGGCAGGACGAGUGCCACAGUCAGGAAGAAGUUGAGGCGAGUUUUGACCAGUUGUAUAACGCAGCGCUUCAUGAUUCUGAAUUGGCAUCGAAACUAGUAACUCUAGUCUCAUUGAGGUGUACUGACUUUCAAACGCAUGAUUGUAAUAUAAGAUAUGAGUUUUUGAAACGAUUGCAAAGGGACUUUAAGAACAGUAAUCAAUUACAAACAACCAAUCCUUCAGUGUUCAGGAAUUGUAUGCUCAUUAUAGGAGAAUUUUUCAGUAAAGCUAGACUAUCAGAUGGGGAACCUUACAAAUUUUUAUCAACGCCAUUUUUUACAUGUCUAGAGUUAUUACUAGACGGCAAAACUUUACCCGAUCUCAUUUUAUUCACAAAACAAUUACAUUUAAAUGGUUCUACUCUAAGAAGUAGAGUACCUGACGACUUUACAAAAUUAACAGUUAAAAUUAGAACAUUACUAGCAGAGCCUCAACUUGUAAAAGAGGCCAGAUUAUGGCUUUUAUUAGCUUUAGACCUAUGCAAUGUCAGAUUUGGAGUUCUACCAAAUGAAAUUUUUAAAUUUUAUGAAGACCAACUUGGAAUUGUACCCAUGGUCAACUUCCAGAGGCCGCACGACCCUCUCAGCAUCCAAACCCUGCACUCAAGCAAAGUCCUUGACAGUUACCAGAGCAACGUAAAUGUAUUGCAAAUUUCAACCUCCCCCACUGAGCCCCCAAACGACGUCCAACAGUAUGGCAACACUGAGUACAACGGUACUCAACAGAAGAAAGAGAAACCUGGUCGGCCUAUUCUAGGCGUAGGUGCUAGGUUUAUAAAUAAAAACAAGGAUGAAAACGGUUCUUGGAAUAAUAAAAAAAGCUCGUCUGGGCGUGCACCUAAGAAAACUCCCCCUGAUUUUAAAAAUAAAGGGUGGGAACAUGAUGAUAGGUUCGAGAAUGAUUACAGUUAAAAAGGCAUUUGUUUUUAUUAGGUUUUGGCAAAUAAUUUUAGACUAUUUUAGUUUUUGCACUUAGUGAUAUUCAUGACGUCUUAAUGGAGACGCUCAUAAAUACUCUAGUUAAGUGAUUUUCAAUUAGGUGAAUUUUUUAAAAAAGGUUUUUAUCUCAAUAGAUGUAAUUUUUGUAUCAUGUAGAUGUAUCUAAUCCUUUAUAUUUUAUGUAGUAUUGUGUGUAUUGUGGUUGAAAUUUUAUGUAUAUUUUGUAUGUUUUAACCUUUUUAUUUGUUUACAAUUUUUAAGUGAAAUGCUAAGGCUUAUGAUAUUUUAUUGACGAAUUUUACAUGAAUAUAAUUAGAUUAAUUUUUGUGACUUUAACACAUUUAGAAAUACUUAUAAGCCUGGAGCAGUGUUGCCUGAACAAAAAAUACAUAUUUUAUGGUGCAAAAUUAUCGGUUUUAAAGAUAAUUUUUUAAACAAGUUAAGUUGUGUACACGAUUAAAUUAAAUUAUUGGAAAAUAAAUAGAGAAGAGCA